UCAACAUAUAAACACGUGUUUUCCGAAGACAGGUACCAAAACUGGCUCCUACUCUUUUAAAAAGAAAGUUCCUUCCCUAAUAACGUGCUAAAAUAAAAAAAAAUGGGCAAAGCUAAGAAAAUCAAAGUUUCUAAAGGAACCAAAGAGUCGAAAAUAAGUUUGACGGAGCAAAUAGAAAUUGAUAAAGCUGUGAAGCCUACAGUCAGGCAAAAGAUUAGGCAUCGGGCGAAUGAUGAAGAAGAAUAUGUAGCUCCUACUCUAACGAGAAGGAUCUUAUCGCAAGCUAGACAACAGCAGCUAGAGAUUGAAGAGGAGAUUGGUCUCAGUAAACCUAAAAGCGAAAAGCUGACUGUCAAACUCAGCACUGAGUUGAACGAUGUUGAAGAUCGAUCCAGUGAUGACGAAGAACCGGUGGAUAAUGUACACUAUUAUGAGGACAUUCAAAUCAACGAAGAUGAUGAACGCGCCUUACAGAUGUUCAUGUCCAAAGACCCAGUACCUACAAGAACAUUGGCCGAUAUAAUAAUGGAGAAAUUGACAGAGAAAAAGACUGAAAUCGAAACGCAAUUUUCUGACGCUGGGACUAUUCAAUUGCAAGACUUGGAUCCGCGGGUAAAAGCGAUGUACGAGGGUGUCAGAGAUGUUUUGGUGAAAUAUCGUAGUGGCAAACUACCAAAAGCUUUUAAAAUCGUGCCUAGUUUAAAGAAUUGGGAACAGAUAUUGUAUAUCACAGAUCCACCAAAAUGGUCUGCUGCUGCGAUGUAUCAAGCAACAAGGAUAUUUGCUUCAAAUUUGAAGGAUAAGAUGGCCCAAAGAUUCUACAACCUCGUUCUGUUACCACGCAUUAGGGACGAUUUGGCAGAAUACAAAAGACUAAAUUUCCAUUUAUAUCAGGCGUUAAGGAAAGCAUUAUUUAAGCCGGCUGGUUUUAUGAAGGGAAUCUUGUUGCCACUCUUAGAAUCCGGCACAUGUACGCUCAGAGAAAGUGUCAUCAUUGGAUCUGUAAUCGCGAAGAAUUCAAUACCAAUCUUGCACUCCUCGGCAGCUAUACUGAAAAUCGCGGAAAUGGACUACACAGGUGCAAAUAGCAUUUUCCUCAGAAUAUUCUUGGAUAAGAAAUACGCGCUUCCAUACAGAGUAGUAGAUGGAGUGGUAUUUCAUUUUGUUAGGUUUGAAAGAGACACCAGAGAAUUACCAGUAUUAUGGCAUCAAGCUCUCUUAACUUUUGUGCAACGAUAUAAGAGCGACAUCAGUUCUGAGCAAAAGGAAGCUAUACUAAGACUACUGAGAAAACAAUCACAUCAUUCAAUCACUCCCGAAAUCAGGAGAGAAUUGCAACACGCGAAAUGCAGAGAUGUAGAAAUGACAGAACCUAAACCAGAACCAAUAGAUAUCACAAAUACUUAAAAAUACAGGAUAUGUAUAUAUGCAAAUAUCUAAAUACUAU